GGUGAAACGAAUCUUUGACAAACAGGAAGAGGAUUCCAUAACUCUACGGAUCAUAUUUAUGCACACAACUCUACAACAAGAUGAAGAGCUCACUUACAGUUGUUCUUUUCUGGUUAUUCACAAUUGGUGUGUUUGUUGAUGGAAACGAAGAGUCAGUGUCAGUUACGGAGGGAGAUUCAGUCACUCUAAAGUCUGGUGUUACUGAAAUACAGACAGAUGAUGAGAUUGAGUGGUGGUUUAGUGAAAGACAAAUAGCUAAAAUCAGCAGAGACGACGGUGGGAUCUCACUAUCGGUUAAACCUGAUGGGUCAUUCAAAGACAGACUGCAGCUGGACAGUCAGACUGGAGAUCUCAAGAUCAGCAACAUCAGAACCACAGACUCUGGAGAGUAUAAACUACAGAUCAGCAGCCCAAGAGGGUCCCCCCCAGAGAUGACAUUCACUGUCAAAGUUGUGCCUGUAGAUGAUGUGAAGUCAGUGUCAGUGCUGGAGGGAGAUUCAGUCACUCUACAGACCAGUCUCACUCAUAAACAGAGAGAUGCUGUGAUACAGUGGAGGUUUGAUCAUCAGAAAUCUCCUGUAGCUGAAAUCAAUAGAACGGCUGGAAUCUUCAACACAUAUGAUGGUGCUGAUGGGAGAUUCAGAGACAGACUACAGCUGGAUCAUCAGACUGGAUCUCUGAUCAUCAAGAACAUGAGAAACACACACUCUGGACUUUAUGAAGCUGACAUCAUCAGAACCAGCAGCAAACACACCAUACACAAGACAUUUAAUGUGACUGUCAGCGAUGAUGUGCAGUCAGUGUCAGUGCUGGAGGGAGAUUCUGUCACUCUACACACUGAUCUUACUAAAAUACAGACAGAUGAUCAGAUAGUGUGGAAGUUUGGAGACCAAGGCAAACUCUUUCCUCGCUUAAACGACCCUGUUAACAAGAAAUGGACCAACACUGAUCUGAAUCUUCAGACCGGAGACCUCACCAUCAGAAACAUAAGAAGAUAUCAACAUGGAGAUUAUAAAGUGGAGAUCAACACCAGAACAAUGAUCUUACACAGGAAAUACAGAAUUACUAUAAUUGAUGCAGUGAAGUCAGUGUUUUUGGAGGAGGGAGAAACUGUUACUCUACAGAUUAAUGUUAUUGAUAUACAGAAAGAUGAUCUGAUACUGUGGAUGUUUGGAGAUAUUGUCAUAGCUGAAAUAUCUAAAGCAGCCAAACAACUCUACAAUGGUCCUGAUGGGCGAUUCAGAGACAGACUGAAGCUGGAUCAUCAGACUGGAUCUCUGAUCAUCACAAACACCAGAACUGAACACACUGGACUUUAUGAAGUGAAGAUCAGCAGCAGAUAA